CUUGACCUUUCUAGCGUGUAUCUCAGGCGUGCCCUUCGCCAACGCCGGGCUUUAGAACCACGACAGGAACCAAUCGAUCAAUCCGACUUCGGGAUCAAACAGGCCAUACUCAACCCCCUCUGGAAGUCUGGGACGACCUGCACAGCCUAGGCACCCCCGACCGAUGAUGGGCGACCUCCGAAUUCUUCUGAUAGGCAAUGGCGGCCGUGAGCACGCUCUGGCCUGGAAAUUAAGCCAGUCCCCCCGGGUCGAGUCAAUAUUUGCUGUACCCGGAAAUGGGGGCACCGCGACGUGCCCUAAGGUGAACAAUGUCGCUUCGGUCUCAGCAGACGACUUCCCGGGUCUAGUUGCGUUCGCCGAGGGUAAUGGAGUGAAUCUCGUUGUGCCCGGGCCUGAAGCACCUCUCGUGGAUGGAGUGGAAGGAUUCUUCAGAAAGGCCGGGAUCCCAUGCUUUGGGCCAUCGAAAGAAGCAGCUCGUUUGGAAGGCAGCAAGACCUACUCGAAAGAUUUCAUGAAGAAGUAUAACAUCCCGACGGCGGCAUACGAAAACUUUUCCGAUUAUACACAAGCUAUCGCGUACGUCGAGAGUGUCAAUUACGAUAUCGUCAUCAAAGCUACCGGUCUUGCUGCCGGCAAGGGCGUUAUUCUUCCGCAGACAAAGGAGGAGGCCAAGGAAGCGCUGAGGCAGAUCAUGGUUGAUCGAGUCUUUGGUGACGCUGGCGGCGAGGUGGUCAUCGAGGAGCUUCUGCUCGGUGACGAGCUAAGCGUCCUCACAUUCUGCGACGGAUAUACUUUCAAGUCGCUGCCUUUGGCGCAAGACCACAAGCGGAUCUUCGAGGGAGACCAAGGGCCCAACACAGGCGGCAUGGGCUGUUACGCGCCCACGAAUAUUGCCACCAAGGAGCUCACGGAGCGGAUCGACAAGGAGAUCCUCGAACCUACCAUAUCCGGCAUGCGGCGGGAACGGCAACCGUUCCGCGGUGUUUUGUUCACAGGCCUGAUGAUAACUAGGUCCGGCCCCAAGGUGCUUGAGUAUAACGUACGAUUCGGCGACCCCGAGACCCAGACUGUUCUGCCACUGCUCUCAGCAGACACGGACCUCGCAGACAUCAUGCUUGCUUGCACCAGAGGUUACCUUGAUGACUGCCAUCUGAAGGUCGAGAAUAGAUUCAGCGCAACCGUUGUCCUCGCCGCCGGCGGCUAUCCGGGGUCGUAUGCAAAGGGCACACCGAUGAAAGUUCAGGCUCCGAAGGCAGGCAGCACAAUUUUCCACGCCGGGACUAAGCUAGAGGGUGGCCAGCUGAAGACUUCUGGGGGGCGUGUCAUCGCCAUCAACUCGGUCGGAGACACCCUCAAAGCCGCCGUGGAUGCCUCUUAUGCUGCCCUGUCGUUGGGUGUCAUCGACUUUGAGGGCAUGUUUUUCCGGAAGGACAUAGCCCACCGGGCAUUCAGGUCACCUAGCAAGGAAGCCAUGACAUAUGCGCAAGCUGGUGUCGACAUUCAAGCGGGCAAUGAAUUUGUCGAGAAAAUCAAAAAGGCAGUAGCCAGCACCAAGCGCCCAGGGGCGGAUGCCGAAAUUGGGGGCUUUGGUGGCGAGAUCGACCUGGCUCAAUGCGGCUUUCCCGAUGCACCCGUUCUGGUGGGGGCCAUCGAUGGCGUUGGGACAAAGCUCAUGAUUGCUCAGACCAUGAAGAAGCAUGACACGGUUGGCAUUGAUUUGGUGGCCAUGAAUGUCAACGAUCUGAUCGUGCAAGGCGCGACGCCGCUCAUGUUCCUCGACUACUACGGCUGCAGCAAGCUUGAUUUGGCCUCUGCUGCCUCGUUUGUCGAAGGCGUCGCCGAUGGCUGUCGUCAAGCUGGGUGCGCCCUGGUAGGAGGUGAGACGGCUGAAAUGCCGGGUAUGUACCAGGGUGAAGACUACGAUGCAGCGGGCUGUGCCGUUGGCGCAGUCUCGCCGUCGGGCAGACUGCCGAACAAGGAAGCCAUGGAGGAGGGCGACGUCUUGUUGGGGCUGGGAUCGCAUGGUGUCCACUCCAACGGGUUUUCGCUCGUUCGCAGGAUUGUGCAGCGUGCUGGCCUCGGAUACGGGUCGGCAGCACCGUGGGAUGCAUCAAAGACGGUCGGCGAGUCCUUGCUGACUCCUACUCGCAUCUACGUCAAAAGUCUUCUGCGGGUCCUGGACCAGAUCAAGGGCCUCGCGCACAUCACAGGCGGCGGCCUCACCGAGAACGUGCCCCGCAUGCUCCCGCAGUCGCUUGCAGCGGAGAUUGAGUUUGGCACCUGGGACAUCCCUCAUGUCUUCGGGUGGCUGAAGGCAAGUGGCAACGUUGCGCCGGCUGAGAUGUGCCGCACUUUCAAUGCUGGAAUCGGCAUGGUAAUCGCUGUCGAAUCGUCCAAGGCCGAUGCCGUGGUCCAAGCGUUGAGUGAAUCGGAAAGGGUUUUCAAGAUUGGACGACUUGUCCAUCGCGGCGAAGGGAAGGAGGGUUGCGUAAUUCGAGGCCUAGAUUCUUGGGCGUGAGCAUCUUCUGGUUGGGGUGGGAAGGAGAAGUCAAGCGCAGGGCGGUGGUGCCGCCUUUGCACGUCGUGGUCACUGGAGGUGCAUAUUAUCCAAGCGGCGCGGUCAGGCGCCGUCUAUUACACUGGCAGUUGUCUGGCUGGCACUUAGUGAUGGGGAGGACGCGCAACAGGACGAGACGACGGGGUCUUGAAUCGCGAAAGAAAAAAAAAUUGGUGCGGUGGCCGGCUGCGCAGAGUAGCUCAACAGUUGCGGGCGCAUGGUCAGUAUACUUUUUUCCAUCUACGUUACCCGCUCCUGGUAUAGGGCCCAGUAGUGUUGUCACAUGGAAUCAUACCC